AUAGACUUACAGACAGACAGUAUUCACAUAGACAACCAUAUAGCACAAUACAAACAACACAACACAAUAUGAGCCUGGUUCAUUUUCAGUAAUGAGGCCCUGUACCCCAUUUACAGUUUAUACUUCAAUGUAUCAGGUGGAGUUAUUCACCAGCUAUAGAGUGAGUUGUUGUUUAUGUUUCUAAGACUGCAGGGUGGGAGAUACAACAAUGUCCUUGAGAACAGCAGGAAGUGUGUUGGUGGUCUUUCUCUGGUCUGUGACAGUGGUACUGGGGCAGAAUGGCUGGAGUGUUACUUACACCACUCAGAGUAUCUGUACCUUAAAGGUGUCAACAGUGGAGAUGUCCUGCUCUAUCAGAUAUCCCAGUGGUAAAGUCACAACAACCUUGUGGUUCACUAAAGUUUAUGAUGUGGAUAAUUAUGUGAGUCUGUUAGAUGACCCAGACUACAAAGGACGUGUGACGUACCGUGAGGAUGAAGAGAAUGGCCACACCCUGACAAUCACAGACCUGAGAGAGAGACACUCAGCUACGUACAUGUUCAGAUUCAUAACAGAUCAGACCAGAGGGAAAUAUUUUGGGAGCCCUGGAGUCACUCUGUCUGUUACAGACCUGCAGGUUAAGGUGACCACUACAUGGUGGUCAAUGACACUGACCUGUAGCACCACCUGUACUCUGACUGGUAACCCCACCUACACCUGGUACAGGAACAGUAAGAUUGUACAAGGGGCCUCCUCCUCCUCCUCAUACUCAGUCUACUUUAAAACUGACGACAGCUUCUACUGUGCUGUAAAAGGCAUCAAUUCUCCUGCAGUGUGUGAGUGUGACUAAUACACUUUUAAAGUCUGUCAAAAUCAUCCAAUACAUCACUGGUCAGUGUUGAUGUUUAGUGAAACAGACAUGAGAUAGAGCUACUAUUCCAUUUAGAUUAAUGGUGGUUGAUGUUUAGUGAAACAGACAUGAGAUAGAGCUACUAUUCCAUUUAGAUUAAUGGUGGUUGAUGUUUAGUGAAACAGACAUGAGAUAGAGCUACUAUUCCAUUUAGAUUAAUGGUGGUUGAUGUUUAGUGAAACAGACAUGAGAUAGAGCUACUAUUCCAUUUAGAUUAAUGGUGGUUGAUGUUUAGUGAAACAGACAUGAGAUAGAGCUACUAUUCCAUUUAGAUUAAUGGUGGUUGAUGUUUAGUGAAACAGACAUGAGAUAGAGCUACUAUUCCAUUUAGAUUAAUGGUGGUUGAUGUUUAGUGAAACAGACAUGAGAUAGAGCUACUAUUCCAUUUAGAUUAAUGGUGGUUGAUGUUUAGUGAAACAGACAUGAGAUAGAGCUACUAUUCCAUUUAGAUUAAUGGUGGUUGAUGUUUAGUGAAACAGACAUGAGAUAGAGCUACUAUUCCAUUUAGAUUAAUGGUGGUUGAUGUUUAGUGAAACAGACAUGAGAUAGAGCUACUAUUCCAUUUAGAUUAAUGGUGGUUGGUGUUUAGUGAAACAGACAUGAGAUAGAGCUACUAUUCUGUCAGGAUUUGGCCAGGGUUGUUCCGGUUUUUGGUCACUAGAUGCCCCCAUUGUGCCUUUUGACCUUUUGUUUUCCCUUGAUCCCCAUUAUUAUUUGCACCUGUGCCUCGUUUCCCCUGAUUGUAUUUAAACCCUUUGUUUUCCUCUGUUCUGUGCUCUGUGUUUGUAUGUUAGCACCCAGCCCUAGUACUCUGUGAACUCUUGUUGAUCCCGGUGGACUCUCUUGUGGAAUUCUGUUUUUUGUUCUUGUUUGUUUGUUUUUGAGUAUUUUUUUUUUAGGCUUUUUGUGCUGUGCCUUCCACCUUGUGGAUUUACCUUUUUGUCUUGGAGGAUUACCUUUGUUCUUGUGGAAUUCCUUUUGAGGUUGUGGAGUUACAUGUUUUCCUGAAGAACUUCACUUUGUACUUCAUUAAAUACACCAUCUCAAGUACUGCUGUGUCUGCCUCAUCUUCUGGGUUCUGCCAACUAUU